GCAAAGUGCUAGUAGGUAUGUAGUACAACUGUGAUCUCCUUUCUCUCAGCAGAUUAAAAUCAAGGAAUCGCAAUGUCAGCCAAAGGAGGCAGCCAACAAUACAAGGACCCAUGCGUCCAAGUACAGCCAUGCCAGGGUACCCAAGUACAGCCAUGCCAGGGUACCCAAGUACAACCAUGCCAGGGUAUCCAAGUACAGCCAUGCCAGCCACAAGAUCCUUGUGUGCAAAGUAAUCCCUGCCCAACUCAAUGUCAGGGGCAGAGCGGGCAAGUCACCUAUACCGGAGGCUGCCAGACACAAGGCCAAGGUUAUGGACAAUCCUGCGGUUCAGCCAAGAAAUAAAGAAAUCAAAACUUCAUGGCACUGAUCUAUCCCCUCACAUUAAAUCACAACUAAAAUUAAAAUUUUCUUCACCAAUCUGCAUGCUACUGUGUAUGUUAAAAAACAAAUGAUCCGUUUAAUUAAUUAAACAUAUUCCCCUGCUGAAACUAUUUGUCUACAUGUAUGAUUAAAGUAUAAUGAAACUGA